GCCAAUCGCCCCAGCGGGCAUAAAGUGGCUGCCAGCCCGCGGGACUCCCAGCUUGAAGGUAUCACCCCCAGCAGGCACGGGCCAGAGAACCAGCACCCAGCAUGCGGACACCGCUCAUAUGGAGGACGCUGUUCAGUCUGGUCCUUGGACUCCUGCUCCUGAGCCUGGCGGUGGAGGCGGCAGUGGCCAUGCGCAGAUGCUCCGGCUCUUCUUACAUGCAGCUCCUUGGCCAGCUCCAGAGCCUGGCGCACCUCAUGAAGGACACCAGCUGCCUCCUGCAGCCCUAUAUGCGUGCCCAAGGCCUGAACACGCCUGUCUUGAGAGGAUACUGCACGGAGUGCUCCAAGGCCUUCCCCAGUGAGGAAGCCCUGGGGGCGCUGAGCAGGCGUGGCUUCCUGCAGACUGUCAGUGACACGCUGGAUGGCGUCCUGCAGGGACUGGCUACUCUACAGCAGAGGCUCUUGAAGGCCAAGGACUUGCCAGAGUUGCAUGACACCAGGCAGAACAUCCAGGGUAUGAAGAACAACAUCUACUGCAUGUCAGAACUGCUCACUGAUGACUCGGAGACAACAGAGGCUCCACUGCCUGGCCCAGAGGCAACGCCGAUGACCCUUGCCCAGUACACCUUCCAAGCCAAGGUGGAGGGCUGUCAGUUCCUAUGCGGCUACCACCACUUCAUGGGCUCCGUGGAGCAGAUCUUUGGGAAGUGGGGAGACAGCCCAAGUCGUAACCGGAGGGAGAGCCCCAGUCAGGCUCCUCACAGGGUGGCACACAGGGCCAGGCCCUGCAGUAGAACCAAGAGGCCUGUGCCCAGGGAGAAGUUGUCCUGAUAGUCUGAGCAGCAGUCACCUGCGGGUGAAGAACACAGCAGGUGCUCUAGGGAUGUGAGGAACUGGUGUAGGAUGCUCUGUCUCCUCUCUGGGUUUCCAGAUCUGCUCCCUCUGUCCCCCACCACUCAGAAGUGCACUUUAAAACAAAGUGAAGCUGCUAGGGCCCUUUCUACCUCCGCCGGGCUUGGGGGAGAGCUAGGCUGCAGUGCCCCCAGCCCGAGUUUCCCAGUCCUGGUGGGGGAGCCAGGUCAGGCCAUAAGGGGCCGACUUUCCAUUGAUUCAGGGGUCUGAUGACACAAGCUGACUCAUGGCUGGGCUGACUGCCCCUCAGACUCCCCAGAGGCCCUUCCCUCUCAUGACUUGUGGAGCUCCUGCCCCCAGACUUCCUCCUUUCUGUGGUGGCAGGGUUCCAAGGGGAGGUCAGGGCCCUGGCUGGCCUCCUAUGCCUCAUUGUUGCCCAGGCUAGACACCUGGACAGCUGGACACUUUCGGCAGCUACGGCAGAGGCAGUGCGUCCUAGAAGAAGCACUGAUCUGCAGGUCUAGGGGAUUGAGGCUCAGCUCCCAACUUCGUACCUGAUUCUCCGAGUGACCUCAGGCAGAUGAUCUUACCUCAGUUUCCUCUUUGGGAAGCCAGGAAUUUGGACACUGUGUUAAAGCUCCCUCUGCCUGGAAGUUUCUGGGACUCUGUGAUGUAAGGUGGAUAUCAAAUUCUCUGAAAAUUGGACACACGGUGCAAACAGCCUUGGGGUAUGUUCUCUGUAGGAGCUCCCCCAGCCCCAAGAUGCACCAGUCUUGGUUUUGCACAGCUGACUGCUCCCUCUGGUGGCGCAUUGUGGAAUUUUCUCAUGCUGAAAACGGCCUCCGGGAAGGGAGGUCCCAGAAGCUUGUGGGGGAAUUCCUUGGAGCUGCGUGACUAAUUUAUUGAUUUUUUUUUUUAACAGUUUGUAAUGUUUCAUAUUUAUAAGGCUUAUUUAUGUUCUAUAUUUAAUGUUAAUAAUAUUGUGCUAACAUAUUUAAAACAUGCCUGGUUUCUAAA